AUGGUCAUUCAACUCGUUUCUGACAUGAAAUCGUUCGUUACUGACAGGGGUUGUACAGGAUCCAUGGCCGACGUGCCCAAAGAUCUUCUUUCAGAGAUCAAGAAGCUCGAGGAAAUCUUCGCUGUCGAUACGGAGAAGCUGAAGGCAAUCACCAAGCACUUCAUCACCGAGCUUGACAAGGGUCUCAGUGUUGAAGGUGGUGACAUUCCUAUGAACCCUACCUGGGUUAUGGACUUCCCAGAUGGGUACGAGACAGGCACAUACUUGGCGUUGGACAUGGGCGGCACAAACCUGCGUGUCUGCGAGAUCACACUGACGGAUAAGAAGUCGGAGUUCGACAUCAUCCAGUCCAAGUAUCGUAUGCCUGAGGAGCUGAAGACCGGAGAGUCUGACGAACUCUGGGAGUACAUCGCCGACUGUCUGCAACAAUUCGUUGAGACUCACCAUGGCGACACUGUCCCCGUCGAUGGGAAGCUGCCCAUGGGUUUCACCUUCUCGUACCCUGCCACCCAGAACUACAUCGACGAGGGCAUUUUGCAACGAUGGACCAAAGGCUUCGAUAUUAACGGAGUCGAGGGCGAAAAUGUCGUCCCGAUGCUCGAAGCUGCCCUGGACCAACGAGGUGUCCCGAUCAAAGUUUCCGCCUUGAUCAAUGAUACCACUGGUACAUUGAUUGCUUCUGCCUACACCGACACCCAGAUGAAGAUCGGCUGUAUCUUCGGAACGGGUUGCAACGCCGCCUACAUGGAGCACUGUGGCAACAUCCCUAAACUGGCUCACUUGAACCUGCCUGCCGACAUGCCGAUGGCCAUCAACUGCGAGUGGGGUGCCUUCGACAACGAACACAAGGUCCUCCCAUUUACUCCGUACGAUGUCCUCAUCGACAAGCAAUCCCCGCGCCCUGGCCAGCAAGCCUUUGAGAAGUGUAUUGCCGGACUGUACCUUGGUGAAAUCUUCCGGUUGAUCUUGGUAGACCUUCAUGACAACAAGGAUAUCCAUAUUUUCGAGGGCCAGGACAUCAAGCAUCUGCGUAAGGCGUACUCUCUCGAUGCGUCCUUCCUCUCAGCUAUCGAGGAUGACCCGUUCGAGAACUUGCAGGAAACCGCGGACCUUUUCAAGGAUAAGCUCCACCUCUCUUGCACUCGUCCCGAGCUGGAGCUCAUUCGCCGAGCUGCCGAGCUAAUCGGUACGCGCGCCGCUCGUCUCUCGGCCUGUGGUGUCGCUGCCAUCUGCACCAAGAAGAACCUGCAGCCGUGCCACGUCGGUGCUGACGGCUCCGUGUUCAACAAAUACCCGCACUUCAAGGCUCGUGGCGCACAGGCUCUACGCGAGAUUCUGGACUGGCCCGCCAAGAAGAACACCAGGGAGGAAGACCCCAUCGAGAUCCUGGCUGCCGAAGACGGAAGCGGUGUCGGUGCCGCCCUGAUCGCUGCUCUGACCCUUAAGAGAUUCCAGAAGGGCAAUGUCGCCGGCAUCUUGCACCCCAAGAACUUCCAUUGA